CGAGAUAGACGUGUUUUGUUUCGCUCCAAAUAAAGUUAAAAAAAGUGUGGUAAAAUAUUGAAAUUUACAAAAAUUAAAAAUGGGAGUGUUUACCAGAGAACAACUAAGAGAAAUUAAAGAAGAAAUUAAUGAAGAAAUAAGAAAAAACAUCGAAAAAUCCCUUCUUGAAAUCUUGGAUUCUGAAGCGUUCAUUAACAAACUAAUGCUCAAGGUCAAUGAUACUCUAGAAAAAAAACUGGACAAAAAACUAAAUAAAAUACAGCAAAGGAGUGAUGAUAAAAUUAAAAUAUUAGAAGAAAAAAUUGACUCGAUGGAACAAUAUUCUCGAAGAAAUAAUAUACGCAUCUUUGGCCUAGCAGAAAACUCAGGAAAGCCACUAAUAGAAGAUAUUAAUAAUGUCCUUGGUUCAAUAGAAAUUGGGACAAGAAACAUUGUCGAAUGUUAUAGAAUAGGCAAAAUUAACGUUAAAAAACCUAGAGCUGUUUUUGUCAAACUACAAAAUUACGAAGACAAAAUUGAAUUAAUAAAAAAUAGAAAAAAACUAAAAGGUACAAAUUGUCACAUCAAAGAAGAUCUAACAAAAAAGAAAAUGGAAAUUUUAACUGCAGCAUCCGAGAAGUUUGGAUUUAAAAAUGUAUGGAGCCUAAAUGGGAAAAUUUUUACAAUGCUUGAAAACAAAAAAACUGAAUUAAAAUCGUUAGAUUUUAUUAAUCAAUAAUUUAAACACCUGAA